AUGGCUCACCACGACGUCAUGUCCAGCCAGGAGCCCGGUGCCAGCGCUCCCCAUGAGGGCAUGUCCGCCGGCACCUAUCUCAAGACGCGCCUCACCACCCUCCGUCCUGCUAUGCUGGACCUGCCCAAUCCCAUUCGUCUUCUUCGCAUGCUCAAUGCCCAGCAGUGGGCCUUCUUCUUCAUUGCCUUUGCCGCAUGGACCUGGGAUGCUUUCGACUUCUUCACCGUCUCCCUCACCGUCACCGACUUGGCCGAGCAAUUUGGCAAGACCAAGACUGACAUCACCUGGGGCAUCACCCUCGUCCUCAUGUUCCGAUCCGUUGGCUCCAUCACCUUUGGUAUCGCCAGUGAUCGCUACGGCCGCAAGUGGCCCUUUGUCGUCAACAAUAUUCUCUUCAUUGUCCUCGAAUUGGGAACCGGCUUUUGCCAGACAUACCCUCAAUUUCUGGCCUGUCGCGCUCUUUUCGGCGUGGCCAUGGGCGGCCUCUACGGAAAUGCCGCCGCCACCGCUCUGGAAGACUGCCCUGAAGAGGCCCGCGGUCUGAUCAGUGGUAUGCUGCAGCAAGGUUAUGCCUUUGGUUACCUCCUCUGCGCUGCCCUAGCCCGCGGUCUCGUCAACACCACCCCGCACGGCUGGAGACCACUCUACUGGUUCGGAGCCGCCCCCCCUGUGCUCUUCAUCAUCUUCCGUCUGAUGCUCCCCGAGACCUCCGUCUAUCGCGAGCGCCAGGCUCUCCGCAAGGAAGCCCAGAAUCUGGGCGCCGGCGGCAGCGCCUCGGUCGGGUCCGUCUUCCUCAAGGAGGGCAAGAUUGCUAUCCGCAAGCACUGGCUUCUUCUUACCUACCUCGUCCUUCUCAUGGCCGGCUUCAACUUCAUGAGUCACGGUAGCCAGGAUCUGUACCCAACCAUGCUCCAGAAUCAGCUUUCGUUUACCGCCAAUCAGGUCACCAUUACCCAGGUCGUGGCGAACCUCGGCGCCAUGACGGGCGGCACCGUCGUCGGCUUCCUCAGUCAGUCGGUGGGUCGCCGCCUGAGCAUCAUUGUCUGCUGCAUCUGCGGUGGCGCGGUGCUGUACCCGUACACGUUUGUGCGCUCCUCGUCCGUCAUGGCGGCCGCCUUUUUCGAGCAGUUCUUCGUACAGGGCGCCUGGGGUGUCAUUCCCAUUCACCUGAUGGAGCUGUCGCCGGGCGCGUUCCGCACAUUCGUCGUCGGCACCUCGUACCAGCUCGGUAACCUUGUCUCGUCGGCCUCGUCGACCAUCGAGGCGCGCCUCGGCGAGAACUUCCCGCUACCGCCUACUGCCAAGGCCAAGUCGCGCUACGACUACGGUCUCGUCAUUUGCAUCUUCAUGGGCUGCGUGUACGCCUACACCAUACUCCUCACGUUCCUCGGCCCCGAGCACCUGCGCCGCAACUUUGACGUGGUGCACGACCACGACGCCCAGGAGGCGGCAGGGUGGGACGCUGUGGCCGCCGCGCAGGGACGUCGCCAAAGCGACAUCGACGAGAAGCUCGCCCAACGCAAAGGCGAGCACGAUGAGGGGUCGCCCGCGUAG